AUGACAGACACACAAACUAUUGGUGGAACUGUUAUUGGUGGAACUGUUAUUGGUGGUUCUGUUAUUGGUGGUACUGUUAUUGGUGGUUCUGUUAUUGGUGGUUCUGUUAUUGGUGGUACUGUUAUUGGUGGUUCUGUUAUUGGUGGUUCUGUUAUUGGUGGUACUGUUAUUGGUGGAACUGUUAUUGUUAUUGGUGGUUCUGUUAUUGGUGGUUCUGUUAUUGGUGGUACUGUUAUUGGUGGUUCUGUUAUUGGUGGAACUGUUAUUGGUGGAACUGUUAUUGGUGGUACUGUUAUUGGUGGAACUGUUAUUGGUGGAACUGUUAUUGGUGGUACUGUUAUUGGUGGAACUGUUAUUGGUGGAACUGUUAUUGUUAUUGGUGGUUCUGUUAUUGGUGGUUCUGUUAUUGGUGGUACUGUUAUUGGUGGUAGUGUUAUUGGUGGUUCUGUUAUUGGUGGUACUGUUAUUGGUGGAACUGUUAUUGGUGGUACUGUUAUUGGUGGUAGUGUUAUUGGUGGUUCUGUUAUUGGUGGUUCUGUUAUUGGUGGUUCUGUUAUUGGUGGUUCUGUUAUUGGUGGUACUGUUAUUGGUGGUACUGUUAUUGGUGGUUCUGUUAUUGGUGGUUCUGUUAUUGGUGGUACUGUUAUUGGUGGUAGUGUUAUUGGUGGUUCUGUUAUUGGUGGUACUGUUAUUGUUAUUGGUGGUUCUGUUAUUGGUGGUUCUGUUAUUGUUAUUGGUGGUACUGUUAUUGGUGGUUCUGUUAUUGGUGGUACUGUUAUUGGUGGUUCUGUUAUUGGUGGUUCUGUUAUUGUUAUUGGUGGUUCUGUUAUUGGUGGUUCUGUUAUUGGUGGUACUGUUAUUGGUGGUUCUGUUAUUGGUGGUUCUGUUAUUGGUGGUACUGUUAUUGGUGGUUCUGUUAUUGGUGGUUCUGUUAUUGGUGGUACUGUUAUUGGUGGUACUGUUAUUGGUGGUUCUGUUAUUGGUGGUUCUGUUAUUGGUGGUACUGUUAUUGGUGGUUCUGUUAUUGGUGGUUCUGUUAUUGGUGGUACUGUUAUUGGUGGUACUGUUAUUGGUGGUUCUGUUAUUGGUGGUACUGUUAUUGGUGGUACUGUUAUUGGUGGUACUGUUAUUGGUGGAACUGUUAUUCGUCACAGCAUGAAGAGACAAUUUAGGUUCGAGUAA